AUGCCUGCCAAAGUAGCAGAGCCUCCUCUGAAGCGCAAACGAUCUGACGGGGCUGCGAAGCCAAAGAAGCGAGCAAAGCCAGAGAGUAGCAGCGGCAGCGACAGCGAAGAUGAGAGCCCCGAAGCCGACAUCCUGCUCUUAGAAAAUGCGAUUCUCGAGUCAAAGAAAAAUUACAACAACAUUUCCAAGCUGCUGGAACUCGCAUCUGCCCAGGGUGAUGAAGAGACAGCUGUGCUCGCUACGGUUUCCCUAUGUCGAGUUUUCAUACGAUUGCUAGCCGCCGGCAACCUGACAAGAAAUCCCGGCCAAUCGGAAAAAGAUAUUGUUGUUAUCCAAUGGCUCAAAGGACGGCUUGCCGACUACAAGCAGGUCGUCUUGACCGCGCUUCGCAAUGAGGCAACUGCCUCGACUGCUCUGACAUUGGCGAUGCGCAUCUUGAAGGCUGAAGGCCAGUACCUCAGCAGCAAGGAGGAGUACAACUUUCCUCGAGAAUUCCUCAAGGACAUUGUUUCAGCAUUGGUCAAGGAAGCAUCAGAAGACGUUAGGCAGGAAUUCUGUGAAAAGUUCCUGGGAGAGUUUUGCGACGUUCGCUUCUACACCUUCAAGGCGCUGAAGACUAUCCUGGCUGAGGAAUCGGCCGGCAUCACAUCAGAUACCCUUUUCGGCAAUGCUUUCGACAUACUAUCAUUUUUCGAGGAUGUACCCGACUCCGCUGAGGACCUGGGUGAAUUUUACACUGCGCCGCCAAAAAAGAAGAACCAUCCUGUGUCAUCCUUAAACCAACAAAAGAAGCAGGGCCAGGAAGCUUGGGUAGCCCUUUUGCGCACAGGACCAAACAGAGAUCAGCGCAAACAAGUGUUGGAGAUUAUGACCCAAUCGAUCGCCCCUUGGUUCACGCAGCCAGAGCUAUUGGCCGACUUCCUCACAGACUCAUACAAUGAAGGCGGUUCCAUCUCGCUGCUUGCCUUGUCGGGCGUCUUCUUCUUGAUCCAGCACAGAAACCUGGACUACCCAUCCUUCUACCGCAAGCUGUACUCACUACUGGAUUCCGGUAUACUACACUCAAAGCAUCGUUCAAGAUUCCUCAGAUUACUUGACACUUUUCUUGCAUCUACACAUUUGCCGGCAGUGCUGGUGGCCAGCUUCAUCAAGAGGCUUUCGAGGCUCUGUCUCAAUGCGCCACCAGCUGCAGUAGUGGCGACAGUUCCUUGGAUAUACAACCUUUUCAAAAAGCAUCCAUUAUGUACUUUUAUGAUGCACCGAGAAUCAAGGUCGGAGGAGGAAAAACAAAUGAUCAAGACAAAUGGCCUUGAUGACCCCUUCAACGCCAACGAGGAGGAUCCAAUGGAGACGCGAGCGAUCGAUAGUUGUGUUUGGGAACUUGUUCAACUACAAUCACACUAUCACCCGAAUGUGGCGACAAUUGCAAAGAUCAUAUCGGAGCAAUUCACCAAGCAGACAUACAACACCGAGGAUUUCCUCGACCAUUCUUACAGCAGCUUGUUGGACGCCGAGCUAUUGAAACAAAUCAAGAAGCCGCCAGUUGUGGAGUUCAUGAUACCCAAACGAGUUUUCCUCCCUCACGACGCGGCGUCGGGAGUAGAGGACAACCUUCUCACCAAGCUGUGGAACUUUGAGUAG